UGGCCACACCCAGUCGGCGUCCGGGUCACCAGCCGUCUCCCUCGCACUCAGCGGUGGGACGCGUCCGAGGCGCCCCCUCCCUCUCUGUCGCACUUCCAGUCGCUGGCGGGAGCGAGAGGAGCGACAGACGCCCUCGGACGCGUGCUAGAGAGAGACGGGGCUAAUUACAAAGACCGCGCUGUGCCAAAGUUCCAGGGGGACGCAAGCAAGGACGAAACCAGUAGUGACUGCGUUCUGAAAGCUCUAGAAGCUCUGCAAGCUCUGCAGGCGACGUCAGUGCAGGGAAUCGAACCCACGGCCCGACAAGUGGAGCCGCAAUCAUGGGCAACAAACUGGUCACCUUCACGGAGGAGCAACUCAACGACUACCAGGACUGUACAUUUUUCACCCGGAAGGAAAUCUUGCGGGUCCACAAGAAGUUCCGUGAGCUGCAGCCCGACCUAGUGCCCCGCACCAUGACCAAGGACGACGCCGUGCACGUGCGCGUCGCCAGAGAUAUCAUGGAGCGGCUACCGGAGCUCAGGGAGAACCCAUUCAAAAGUCGGAUCUGCGAGGUGUUCUCCUCCGACGGCAAAGGCAACUUGUCGUUUGAAGACUUCCUGGACAUGCUGUCCAUUCUCAACGAGCACGCGCCCAGGGACAUCAAGGUGUACUACGCCUUCAAAAUCUACGAUUUCGACAACGACCAGUUUCUUGGUCCGUCUGACUUGCAGCAGACGUUGCGUCUACUCACGCAGUCGCAGUUGUUGCCAGAGGAAAUGACCCAGGUUUGCGAGAAGGUGGUGGACGAGUGCGAUGUGGACGCCGACGGCCGGCUCUCCUACAUGGAGUUCGAGCACGUCAUCACUCGAGCCCCCGACUUCCUGUCCACCUUCCACAUCCGCAUCUAGUUUGGCGCGAACCGGAAGGAAAUCAGGCAGCGCGGAUUUCAGCGCCAUCCGCCUUCUUCGUAUACAACUUUCGAAGCCUACGGAGCACGCAACGCGAUUCUUUGAACGAAUCGAUCCCUUUCCAAUACCACACAAUCAUGCUGUUUUGA